UCAGCCACCGAAGUUCGCGUUUGCACUUGUUAUCACUCACCAGCGAUAGAGAAAUCCGAAAAAAGCGUCCAAGAAAUUUAUUAUAUUCUUCUCUUCGCGAAGAAUAUUCAAAAAAGCUGGAUCGUGUUUCGAAUCCAUUUAAUAUUAUAAACAAUCAUUGAACUUUCAUACAAAAAUCAUUGUUUAUUUGUGUGCUGUAAUGUACUUCUGUUACAUUUGUGAACUUCGAGGUUAGAUUUCACGCUAGUUGCGUCAUCUUGCGUCUGAUAGUAUAAUCGAAAUACUCGUGAUAUUGUUUUGGCGGUUCAUUUGAAAGUUUCGUGGGCAGAUGACAGGUAUUUUACUUGGUUCAGUUUUAGAAGUGAAUAGAUAGUGAUCAAAUAUGACUGCAAGAAAAUUAUUGUCUCUUGUAUUUGUGAGGAAGCCGAAAGAAAUCCUGUUGGGUUUAAAAAAGAGAGGGUUUGGCUUGGGAAAAUGGAAUGGUUUUGGUGGAAAAAUUGAGCCAAAUGAAAGUAUUUUACAAGGCGCCGUGCGUGAAUUAAAUGAAGAGUGUGGCUUAACCACAAAUGAUCUUUAUCGGAUAGGUUUUCUGGAGUUCGAAUUCGAGGGUGAUCCAACCCUGUUAGAAGUUCAUGUCUUCGAAACGUACAAGUACCAUGGUGAGCUUACCGAAUCUGAAGAAAUGCGACCUCAAUGGUACGAUCUCAAAAGUAUACCAUUUGAAAAAAUGUGGCCAGAUGAUGCUUAUUGGUUUCCGUAUAUGUUGCGAGACGAACCAUUCAAAGGAUAUUUCCUGUACAGAGGCUUAGACAAUAUCAUCAAGUACAAACUUGAAAAAUUAGAUUUAAGUAAAUUUAAAGAUGCUUAAUUUAGUAAUUAUUUUUAAUUCUUCAAAAUUAUUUUUUGAAGACUCUUCCUAUGUAAGCUAAUUUGUAAUUGAAUUAUUUAUAAAAAUUAUACAAUCAAAUUAACAUUACAGGAUGUGAAAAUUUUUAUGAAAAUACAAUUUAUGUCAUUCUAGCUGCUUUCAUGAGUUUCAACUGUUUAUUGUAAAAUUCCAUCACUUUGUACUUUCUACUCUUUUAUAUUGAUUGUAAAUGAACCAAGUUCUAUAAGUUCGAGGAAAAUGGCAGACUAUACAUGCAUUUUUGAACCUUAAAUUAAUUUUUUUAUGCUUGCUUGAAUUGAAAACACUUGUAAUAGAUAUGUAACAUAUUUAUUUAAUUUUAGAUUUAGAAUAAUUUUUAAACGAAGUAAUAUUUUGUCAAUGCGAUAUCUACAUAGGCUAGUUUACUUACAAUACAACGGUCGAUGUAUGCAAUACAUAUAAUACAAUUUGAAUCAUUCGUUAUCUUUAUCAACCGGUUGUUUAUGACGCCAUUUAAAUUAUUAAUAUUACCAUUUUUUUUAUAAAUU